UGUUGUUCGGUCAUUUUGUAAGAUAUAUAAUGUUCUGCCCACCACCAUAUUAAUCCCUUUCUGACACUCGGGUGCUCUCUCUGCAUCUGCAACGGAAGCAAUCAACCGAUCAAAAUCCUCUACCCAUCUAAAAUCAAAAUGGACGGCGCCGCCGCCGCCGCUGACGAGAAGAAGAAGCACGCCUACUCCCUGUGGGGCGUCCCGCCGAAAGACGUCACGAUCCGGCUCAAGAAGCUCAUAGACGGCCUCCGAUCCGAAUUCGGCGGCCCGGAGUUCCAGCCCCACGUCACCGUCGUCGGAGCCGUACACUUGACGGAGCAGGACGCACUCAGCAGGUUCAACUCUGCUUGCGAGGGGCUCAAGCCGUACGCCGCCGCCGUCGAUCGCGUCGCCCAGCGUGUGCUCCUCCUCCGUCCCGCCGCCGAGGUCGUGGAAGCUAGCUCACACUGCGGUGGACAUUUUGGGUACAAGAGAUCCACUCCUUAUAUGCCGCAUCUCAGCCUUUUGUACAUAUGA